AUGUAUGAACAUCUGCAUGAGCUCUGCAUCCAGGACUGGGCCCUGCUGCAGCUUCGUUACGAGCUUUUCCUGCUUCAAGAUUCCUUCAAGAAGGACGUCAAUGAUCCUGAUCGCGUUGCAAUCCCUGAAGCUCACUUGAGCUUUUACUACAGCAAAUACUUCAAGAAGCAGAUGAACUUGAAGCAGUUUGGCGUCACCGAGAUUGCAGACCUUGUCAAGCUGGCCAAGGACACCGUGGCCAUCAGCGAGGACACGAAAAUGUUCUCCACGAUCCUGGACGACGAUCUUGAGUCGAUGGACGCGCUGGUGAAGCUGACAGAGGAGAGCCGAAAGGAGCGGCAACGCAGAAUUGAUGCGGGUGAUGAGACAGCCCGGCUAAAGUUUGUCCUGCACAACCCUGCACCAGCUCCAGUGGCCCCGGCGGCGGUGGCUGUGGCAGCGGUGCCGGCGAUCCCUGGGCCCAAGGGCAAGGGCAAGGGAAAGAAGGGGAAGUGGUAG